CGCCAGGUUUGGAGGGCCGAGCCUUGAGCUCUUAGGGAGACGGAUAGAAGUGCUGCUGCACCUUACACUACUGCAUUUUCGGGUCCGCAAAAUCCCGCAGAAACCCCGACUUGCACGCGAUGGCCGCCGCGGCGCCCGCUCUUCCCACCUUCCUCCGGCCGCGUCCUUCCUCGCCCUUCGCCCCGUCCAUCCCGCUUCUUCACCGCCGCCACCCGCCUCCAUCUCGUCUGCACCCUGUCCAGCCCGCCGCCCCCCUCUCUCCAAUCUCAGCUGUGGAUAAGACGAAGGGUGCCGCUGUGGCAGCCGAUGAGGUCGAGCUUGAGGGGAUGUCGCCGGAGUUCUACGACGAGGAGUGGCAAGCCAAUCAACGGGAGAGGACUAAGGAAUGGCAUGCAUAUCGUCAGAAAGAGGAAGCAGAGGAGGAAAUAAAAUCAAAUGAAUACCGAGAGAUUGGGAUGCGCUUGAAAGCUUACCCACAGGAAGAAGUCUGCAAAGCUAGGGUUUUAGUUUCAAGUUUCAUAAGAGCCGGUGAAGAUGUUGAAAAGGAAAUUGAGAAGGCUGCUGAAAGAGGAGAACUUACUGAACUUGUUCUCAUGGUCAUUCGGAAUCGACUUGAUGUUGCUCGGCGUGAUGAUGAGAAGGAUGCCAUCAGAAGCCUUGAUCUCUUGUAUAGAAGGGUAGAGACAGAGAUUUUAAGGAGUGAAGCAACUCCUGCCAUGAGAUUACUCGAUGAACUUUUGAAUAUUCAUGAUGGGUCUGAUGAUGACAAAUGGCUAAAGACAUGUAGAAAGCACAUGAUUGAAGUUUUUCCAAGAGAGGACCCAUUCACUAUGGUCUUUCCUGCUGGGUUCGACAUGGAGAAACAUGAAGGGCAGAUCAAGCUACCACCUCAGAGUGAUGAUGUUCUUCUGAGAGUUGACUUUGUCAGAGAAGUUGAUGAGCUGCUGAAAGAAGUUCAAGCUGAACAAGAAAAGAACAAGUUGCAAACUGGAUAUGACCCGGAAUCUGUUGCAACCAUGUUGAAACAGCAAGAGAAGAUGCGGACCAUACGUCAAGUGGAAGCACUCUUGGAGCUGGCAGCCACCCUGAAAUGGUGAGGUCCGAGUAUGGUUUUGUUCUCUGUGCAAAACCUAGAAGCCAUCGACUUGCCUGGUGCUUCCACUGCUGCAAUAGCGCCUUCAAGCUGAUUUUUUUGUUUCUGCUAGUUAAGUAUAGAAACUGUUACUGUCGAGAGUAGAGUCGUGCCAUUCUGCUUCGCUAUACUGUGCACUUGUAUGUGUGGAGAGAGAUAUAGCGAUGUUCAUUUGCACCAUUGAUAAUGGUUCUACAUGCAGCUGAUCGUUUUUCUGAAUCUCAA